ACCCCUUAACCCAACAGCUCGCGAGAUUUGGUCCGUAGCUGUAUCCUUCUAGCCAGAACCAGAGUGUCAGGAUGCACAGUCGAUUUCAGAAUAUCUGAUCUGAUCGCAGGAAUGGCGGACAAGGAUCCGUUCAAGCAUCUUAAAGAUCUGUCCCUGCUUAAAGAUCAGCUUGAAAACAUUCAGCGAAGAGUUGAGGAUGAAGUUCAGGUUGGGCUGCCACAGGGUGGAAGUUUUCUCAGUUCUCCCUUCCUCAAAGGCUUUUUGGCCGGGUAUGUGGUGGCAAAGCUGCGGUCCUCAGCGGUUUUGGGAGUUCUUGUAGGGACGUGCACGGGGGUCUACGCUGCUCAGAGCUAUCAAGUGCCAAACAUUGAGCAGACCGUGAAAAACUACUUCAGCUCUUUUAAGAAGGGCCGAUAGAGAUACCAAAUAUAUGAAUGUCCGAGAAAUUAUGCCUGUUACAAGAACUUUUUUUACCUCUUAAACUAUUGGAGAUGUUAUUUGCAAAAUGUUUGUUUGAUUGCCUUCCAGUGGUUUCAUAUUGAUGCCACUCGUCAGACCACACCGAAUUAACUGGACGUAUUAAACUGAUGCCUAGUUCAGUACAGAAGAAUUGGCAGCUUCUUUCAAGAACAUAGCCAAAGCUCAGAAGAUGAUACAUGGGGCCAUUACUUUGAUCACGUUGAUGUUAUAAGUUAGAUUUCAUAUCAUGUUUCUGUUGUUUAUGCAUUUAUGUUCUGUUACAUGCAUUUUUCCCCCAAGAACCCUUUAAGGUCAUCUCAUGUAAACAAUUAAGUGCAACACACUUUGUAAGUAAUAUCUGACUUUGUGAAGUUUUGUUACAUGUCAAAUGUAAGAGAAGUUGCUGAACUUCAUUAUCUGAAGCCUCUAAUAAAGUUAUAGAAACAUUUGACUAAAUUUUGCACUUUAGCUUACCACUUCUGCUUUCGGUAAACAUUUGUGAGAGCUUCUUAGGAAGUGAAAUUUUUAAUUAGAGGAUGUUCAAUGAGUGCCAUGCAAUUGCUUUUCAUGUCAAGUUUUUAUUUGGUGAUAUGGUUUGGAGUGAAAUCUCAGUUAUAUCUGUUUUAUAAAUAAAGAUGAAAACAGACUUUCCAUUAUACACCAUAGUUAAGAAUGUUGGAUUUUUGUUUUAUUGCCAUGUAUUAUUGUCAAAUAUUUGAUAAAAGUUUUGAGACAUUUUGCUACUUGCAUGCUGAACUUCUCAGUCAUUUUGCUAAAUAAAAACUUAAAUUAUGAUUCGAAAUUGAUUGGUAAU